CUGCUGGAGCUGGCGGCCAGGCAGAGCGCUCCCCGGCUCUUCAGCGGCAAAAACGUCCAUGUGCCCCUGCUGCUGGUGGUGGACCUGUACCCAGGAGCGGCGGGGGGCUGCAUUUUUGUUUUACAGAUGGGUUGGUCACUUCUCUGUAAAUUAAUAGAAAUUUGUCCAAGUACUCUACAGAACAUAGCUCCUAAGGAUGUCGGGAAGGACUGGGAAGUGCUGGGUGUUCACCAGCAGAUUCUUAAAAUGUUUACAGUCCACAAAGGAAAUCUAGAUCUCUCAGUAAUUGGGCUGAAAGCACUAAAUCUACUCCUCAUGUCAGACGUAAUUGCUUUCCUGCUCUUGGAGGAAGAGGUGGAUGUGUUUUCCUUGGUAUUUAAUGCCAUGCACACCUUCCCUAAAAAUGAAGAGAUCCAGCAACAUGGAUGUAAAGCAUUACACAAACUUUUUGAGAAAGUUCCAGAAGAGCAGCUGACUGAAUUUGUCGAAAGCAAAGAUCAUAUGAUCAUACUGAAAGUAUUUAAGGAGUUUCCAGAGAAAGAAGAGGUGAUUCUUCCUGCACUUUAUUCGUUACAUUCCUUAGCCGGUCCAUCCAGCAAUGUUGAAGUGCUCAUGUCUGGAAAUGUUCGCUGCUACAAUGUUAUAGUGGAAAUGAUGAAAAGUUUCGCCAAUAGUGAAGCAGUUCAGGAAGUGAGUUGCUGUUUGUUGCAUAAGCUUACGUUGGGAAAUUUUUUCAAUAUCCUCGUGUUACAUAAGGUUCCAGAAGUGAUUGUGAAGGCUGUUAAAACAUAUCCUGAAAAUGCGAAGUUACAAGCUGCAGCUCUCAGUUGCUUAGCUCUUCUGACUGAAACAAUAUUCUUAAACCGAGACUUAGAGGAAAGAAAAGAAGAGGAGGAGGAGGAAGAAAAAUUAUGCUGGUUGGAAGCAUGUUACAGAGCAUUAGAACUACACCGAAAAAACACAGAUGUGCUGGAGGCUGCAUGCUGGGCUCUGAAAAAUCUGUUUCUAUAUCAACGCAACCUUCAUGAGAAGAUUGGAGAUGGAGAUAAUCAGUUCCCAAUAGACAGAGCAGUGAUGCUUUCCAUGCUGAUGCACUCAUCUUCAAAAGAAGUGUUUCAGGCAGCUGCUAGUACCUUGGCAAUUUUGUCACAGCAAAAUGUAAAUAUUAGAAAGACACUUUUGGCUAAAGGAAUACAUAUGAAUAUUUUGGAUAUAAUGAGGAAACAUCCACAUUCUCCUGAAGUGGCUGAAAGCGCCUGCAGAAUUCUGAAUCACGUUUUCGAAGGAAGUUUCCCUCAUCUGGAUAUAAUGACAGUAGCUGUAUCAGAAGUUGUAAAAGCCAUGAAGAAACAUGAAAAAUCACUCUGUGUACAACUGGAAGCACUUCGAGUCCUUUUACACUUUAUGAUACCUGAUACAAAGAAUGAACACCAGAAUGGUUCUUCCAGGGACGUGGGAGAUGCUGCUUUUGCACUCACAGUAAAAGUCAUUAAAAGCCAGUGUCUGUUGGAGGGAACUCAUUCGCUGGUGCUUAAUGCUUUGAACAGGUUUAUUGGAAAUCCUAACAUUCAGAAGUGUGGAUUAAAACUACUUGCAUCUGUAGCUGAGUGCACUGGUGCACUGGAGAUUUUAACCCAGCAAGGAGCUACUGACACCGUGCUUCACACCCUACAGAUGUAUCCAGAUGAACAAGACAUACAGUGCUUGGGUUUGGGUCUUCUAUGCUCUUUGAUUACAAGAAGGAGUUUGUGCAUUGCAACCAUGCAUGUGCUGUCAACAGUUCUGGUUUCUUCUCUGCGACGAUUUAAAGAAGUCACUGAAAUCCAGAUGCAUGGAUUUAAUGCAAUCUUGUCAAUUCUUGGUUUGUCACCUUGUUUUGCGAAGCUGCUGGUACAUGAGUCAUUUGACACAGUCAUUUUCUACCAGAUGUCUAUGUGUUUCACUGACCAGCGAGAUCGACAGUUUCAAAGCCUGUGUUGUAAAUGUUUUGCUAAAAUAGCUGAAAAUGAUGAUUUAAAAAAUAUGAUGCUGGAAAAAGCAUGCAUUGAGCACAAUAGUAUUAUGGCUGAAUGUUUACUUCUGCUGGGAGCUGAUGUUAAUAAGAAGACAAAGACAAACUCUUUGAUCUAUCAGGUUUGUGAGAAAGGAAAUAAUCCUAAAUUGGUGGAAUUGCUAUUAGCCAACGGUGCUCGAGAGCAGGAUGUUCGAAGUGCUUUAACCAUCAGUAUAAAGAGAGGAGAUAGCCAGAUCAUCAGCUUGCUCCUAAAGAAGCUUAGCCUUGAUGUUGCCAACAGCAGCAUUUGUCUUGGAGGGUUUGGUAUUGGGAGACUAGAACCUUCCUGGCUCAUUCCUUUGUUCCCAGAUAAACUUACUCCAUUAAGAAAACAAAAUGCAGGUUCUGCACUAGCGAGAAUGGUGCUUAAAUUCCAGAUGAAGAAUAUUUCAGAUGAUAGAUCAAGAGCCUCUUCUGAUCUAAACUUCUCUGAAGAUGGAGCGGAUAAAAACUAUGAUUGGAAUUUCAUUUCUGACCCAUUAGUGGACAGUGUUUUUCCUCUGAGUGAUGACAUUGAUAGUGAAGGAAGUGAAGGUUCACUUUUCACAAAAAAGAAGUCCAAUUCCAUUGCAGUCGCUGAUUUAUAUUUUAGGGAAAUGGCAUUUCAAAGAGGUUCUCCUACUUUACCACGACAUUCCUACUCCGUGGGACCUGGCUCAGAUUAUGAACCAUUAAUGAAACAAAGAAGAAAAUUCCUGCCUUCAGAUGAAUCCCCCAAAGGCAUCUCAAAAUUUUCACCACAUAUGAGACCAUCAGACAGUCUUUCCUCAUUGAUCUCAGAGAAAGAAUAUAUUAAAUCACUUGAUCUUUCAUCAAAUGAGCUGGAGAACAUUGAUGCCAUCAGCCAGAAUAGCUGCCUAUCAAGUCAUCUGGAACAUCUCGAGAAACUGGAGCUCCACCAAAAUGCUCUUACAAACAUUCCAGAACAACUGUGUGAUAACUUGAAAUGCUUGACUUACUUGGAUUUGCACAGUAACCGAUUUACUUCUUUUCCAACAUAUUUACUGAAAAUGAAUUGUAUUGCAAAUCUUGAUAUCUCUCGAAAUGACAUUGGACCUUCCUUUGUUUUGGAUCCAUAUCUCAGAUGUCCAACUCUAAAACAACUUAAUCUUUCAUACAAUCAACUGGUGUGCAUUCCUGAAUUUCUUACAAAUGUUGCUGAAAACCUGGAACAGCUAUUGCUAGAAGGAAACAAAAUUCCAUGUUUGUGUUCACCCAUAUGCUUGAAAGAACUGAAAAGUUUAAACAUUAGUAAGAACAAUAUUUCAUCCCUUGCUGAGAAUGUCUUCAUGGGCUGUACAAAACUAGAACAGCUCAACGCCAGGAUGAAUGCGUUGAAAUUAAUACCUGACUUGUCAUCCAGCAUAACAAGCUUAAAAUUAUCCCAAAAUCAUUUUAUUAAUGUUCCAGAAGCAAUUCUUCUUCUACCACAUUUGCGAUCAGUAGAUCUAAGCCAAAACAAGAUCAUAAGCCUGCCUGGACCAAUGCACUGGAAAUCAUUAAACUUAAGGGAACUGUUAUUUAAUCAUAAUCAAAUUGAUGUCUUGGACUUGAGUGAAAAGGCAUGUGCAUGGUCUAGGCUAGAAAAGCUACACCUGUCCCACAACAAGUUAAAGGAGAUUCCUCCUCAGAUUGGCUUCCUAGAGAACUUGACUUCUCUGGAUGUAAGUUACAAUCCCGAUUUGAGAUUCUUUCCAGAUGAAAUGGGAAGGCUGUCCAAAAUCUGGGAUCUUCCUUUGGAAGGACUCCAUCUUAAUUUAGACUUCAAACAUGUGGGAUGCAAAGCCAGAGACAUUAUCAGAUUUCUUCAACAACGACUGAAGAAGGCUGUACCUUAUAACAGAAUGAAGCUCAUGAUUGUUGGAAACACUGGCAGUGGGAAAACUACACUGCUACAACAACUAAUGAGAUGCAAACGAACCGAAUUGGGCUUUCCAAAAGCUACAGUAGGCAUUGAUGUAAAAGACUGGAUCAUUCAAGGGAAAGGCAAAAUGAAGAAAGAGCUUAUAUUAAAUGUGUGGGAUUUUGGAGGACAAGAAGAGUUCUACAGUACCCAUCCUCAUUUUAUGACCCAAAGAGCCUUAUAUCUUGCUGUUUAUGAUCUCAGCAAAGGACAAGCAGAGGUGGAUGCCAUGAAGCCGUGGCUUUUUAACAUCAAGGCUCGAGCUUCAACAUCCCCCGUCAUUCUUGUUGGCACUCAUUUAGAUGUUUCUGAUGAAAUGCAACGUAAGGCCUGCAUGAGUAAAAUUACAAAAGAGCUAUUGAAUAAGCGAGGCUUCCCAGCAAUCCAAGAUUAUCACUUUGUGAAUGCUACAGAAGAAUCCGAUUCCAUUAUGAGACUUCGGAAAAUCAUAAUAAAGGAGAGUCUUCACUUCAAGAUCAGAGAUCAACCAGUGGUUGGUCAGCUAAUUCCUGACAGCUACCUGGAGCUGGAGAAGAGAAUUUUGCUGGAACGUAAAAAUGUCCCAGUUGAGUUUCCUGUGAUUGAUCAGAAACGCUUACUGGAACUGGUGCAAGAAAGCCAGUUACAAUUGGAUGAAAAUGAACUCCCUCAUGCAAUUCACUUUCUGAAUGAAUCAGGUGUACUCCUUCAUUUUCAAGACCCAGCACUACAACUAAGAGAUCUGUAUUUUGUAGAUCCUAAGUGGCUAUGUAAAAUCAUGGCACAGAUUCUGACAGUGAAAGUGGAAGGCUUUUCUAAAUAUCCUAAGGGAAUUGUAAAGCGUUCAGAUGUGGAAAAAUUCCUUUUAAAGAAGAGCAAGUUUCCUAAGAUCUACAUGUCACAAUACUUUAAGCUUCUGGAAAAGUUUCAGAUUGCUUUGCCAUUAGGAGAGGAUCAACUACUAAUACCAAGCAGUUUGUCUGAUCACAGACCUGUUAUAGAGCUUCCCCACUGUGAAAAUUCAGAGAUUAUCAUCAGGCUUUAUGAGAUGCCAUACUUUCCGAUGGGAUUUUGGUCCAGGCUGAUCAACAGGUUGCUUGAAAUAUCACCUUACAUGCUGUCAGGAAGAGAGCGAGCUCUUCGUCCUAAUAGAAUGUAUUGGAGACAAGGCAUCUACCUGAAUUGGUCUCCUGAAGCUUAUUGUCUGGUGGAAUCAGCAGUAUUUGACAACAACCCAGACAGUUUUUUGAAAAUUACAGCACCUUCUUGCAGAAAAGGUUGCAUCCUUUUGGGGCAAGUUGUGGAUCACAUAGAUUCUCUUAUGGAAGAAUGGUUUCCAGGUUUGCUGGAUAUAGAUGUGUGUGGUGAAGGAGAAACACUGCUGAAGAAAUGGGCUCUGUACAGCUUUCAGGACGGUGAAGAACACCAAAAAAUACUACUUGAUGAAUUACUUAAAAAAGCUGAAGAAGGUGACCUUUUGGUAAAUCCAGAUCAACCAAGACAUACCAUUCCAAUAGCUCAGAUUGCUCCUGAUCUGAUUCUGGCUGAUUUGCCUAGAAAUAUUAUGUUGAACAAUGAUGACCUGGAAUUUGAUGAAGCUCCUGAAUUUCUCUUGGGUGAUGGUGGGUUUGGAUCUGUGUACCGUGCAUCUUAUGGUGGAGAAGAGGUUGCUGUAAAGAUCUUCAAUAAACAUACUUCCCUCAGGCUCCUAAGACAAGAACUUGCAGUGCUUUGUCAUCUCCAUCACCCCAGUUUAGUGUCUCUGCUGGCUGCUGCAAUCCGUCCCCGGAUGCUGGUGAUGGAAUUGGCCCUUAAAGGAUCUCUCGAUCGUUUGCUUCAACAAGACAAUGCAAGUUUAACCAGGACGCUCCAGCACAGGAUAGCUCUACAUGUAGCUGAUGGCUUAAGGUACCUGCAUUCAGCAAUGAUCAUCUACCGUGAUUUAAAGCCUCACAAUGUGUUGCUCUUUACCCUAUAUCCCAACUCAGCUGUUAUUGCAAAAAUAGCUGACUAUGGCAUUGCCCAGUAUUGUUGCCGAAUGGGAAUAAAAACCUCUGAAGGCACACCAG